AUGGCCAAUGCUUUUCCAUCUCAACUGGUUAAAAGGCAGUCUUCAUUUGGGAGUUGUCCAGCAUUUCUAGAUAUUCCAAAAAUCACUAAUGUAACACUUAUACCUGAUCCUCCAAAAGCUAAUUCUCCGCUCGAGGUUAAAGGUUCAGCAAAUACCAAUGAUGAUAUUGUUGAUGGCAUGUUCUUCGUUUUUAAAAUUUUCAAUGGAAAUGAAAAAAUAUACUCCAAUGCUAUAGGCAUUUGCGAUGUAGUAACUGAUUGUCCAACUAAAGUGUUUGAUUUUGACGAGAGAUAUGAUUUAAAAGAUUUGCCUUCAUCAUACAGCAUUACAGUUGCAAUUGGUGCGAAUUCAAGUAUUUUAGCAUGUGGAUUUGCUCAAGUCAAUUAG